CGUUGCUUCAACACUGCAGCUGCAUCUAGAUAUCCCGCAUCCCAAGCGUGACUGCGCGUGACCGUUUUGCAGAUGUGCAGUUGACGUCCCGGCUGGAUGCACAGCUUUCCACUCAGCCUCAUUUGACUAGCGCGAGCCCCUUCGCUGGUCGCCGCCGUCAGCCCUCUCCCCAGCCGCAAAGGCGCGUGUCCAUCACGACCGCAUUUCGCACUGCUCCGCUCGCCGCUGCCGCCCUCUGCCCACUUUUACACUCUCUUGCGCGGCGACUGACCGAGGCCGCGAUGGGCAUCCCGGUCGGCUGGAACAUUGUGCGCGACGAGGCCAAGGAGAAGGACGUGUUGCGCGCAGACGUGACGGGCCGUUCGGCCAUCCGCCAUGGGCGGACGAGGAACCGCAGGGCCUUUCGCGCAGACGCCCUCGGAGGCGGCCAUACGUCACGCUUCGCCAGCGCUCUCGAGCAUGCGGCGCGCCCCGAGCAUGCGCGCCCACCCGCACCGCCUGCACCGCCUGCACCGCUCGGCCCAGGAGACGAGCGUCCUCUACCCCCGCUGACGCCCGGGUUUGCGCCCGCCCAUGUCCGUGAAGGCGCGGCGGAUCUGGUGCAUGCUCUACCCGAGCCGACAAACGACCGCCCAGCCGCUGCCCCGGUCGACGAGCACCCCGACGAAAGGGGCACGGUCGACCUGCGCAUGCUGGGACGCUCGAGCUGGACGUCCGCCCGACGCCACGCGCCGUACGCCAGGACAGCGCGCCGCCGCGACAGCAACCCCGAUGCCGCAGACGGGGCGCCCCCGAGCACCACCAGCGCCGUCUCGCGCCCGCCCCUCGGUCGCGUCGGCCACGGCAGGAUCGUCGACGGCCCGCUGCCCGUCUCGUCCCUCCGCGAGUCCUGGUCGCCCGUCUCGACGCCCGACGGGCUCGGCGACCGCGAGCGCAGCAACAGCGUCUCCAGCACCUGGUCGAACCUGCCGUGGCAAAACUUCCUCUCGACCGUCGUGCCCGACCCCGUUGCGCCCACGGCCGAGUCGUCGUUUGCCUCGUCCGCCGCGAGCGCCUCGUUUGCAGCCUCCAGCAGCCGAGCCAGCAGCAGCAACUCGCACUCUGCCGCGAGUGCGCACACACACCUGACCGUCCCAUCUCGCCGCGCGAGCCCUGGCGCGCGCCCCCUCCAGGAGACGCUCGAGACGUUUGCGCGCGCAUGCGAGUCCUCGGACGACGGCGACGCGACGGCCUCGGACACCGACGACGACGAAGCCGCCGCAGACCCGCUGUCCAGGCGGCGCAUGCGUCCGAGCUACUUUGCCGACGCGCCGCCGACUCCAUUGUCACACGGGCGCAGCCUGGCAGACACGAGCAGCGACGCGCGGAGAUAUGUGCGCAGCUUCUACUCGCGCGACUACCGUCUGCGCGAGGCGCGCGAGGCACAGGUCGACGGGCCGGUCGACGGGCCGGUCGAUGGGCCGGUCGACGACCCAGCUGACGGUCCACCGCAACAGGAAGCCGACAGCUUCGCGACCGCCGAUGACGAAGCGCCGAGCACCAGCCCCGCCUCCCCGCUCGACCAGGAGCUGCGCGACGCCCGCAGUCUGCUCGAGCGCCUGACCAGACGCGGCGACAUUGGCGACGACUUCUGGGCCAGCGUUGGCCUGACGCGCAGCUUCACCGACGGCAUCGAGCGCGUCCAGGAGCGAGGCCGCUUUUAGCGGGUGCAUCCACACUGGCUGUGGGACUGCUUUGUUCCUCGCGUUGCUGUAUUCAUCCACUGCUGUAUUCCUCCACUGCUGUAUUCCUCCAUUGCUGGAUUUCCCCGUUGCUGUAUUUCCCCGUUGCUGUAUUUCCCCGUUGCUGUAUUUCCCCGUUGCUGUAUUUCUCCCGUCGCUCUACUUGGAGCGACGCAUCUUUGUAUCUGAGCGUUUGGGCUGGCGUUUGCGGCGUCGAUGGACCGAACGAGUGUCACUCGGACCGGUCGUUUUAACGAAAAUCAUGCGAAACUGACAUUAUUUCUCAUGGGGCCUUCGGCGGCAGGCACUUCAUUCAGCGAGCGAGAGACGCAAGGCAGGGCCAUUUGUAGACUGGUCUCUUACCGAGACGAAAAGUAAUCCACAAAGCACGUUCGUGCUUCACCUGCCAG